AUGACAUUGCCGAUCAAAGAUAACGACCUCGUUCGCACCCGAUGGUCAUCUGGAGACGAGAAAGACUACUUCAAGGUCUUUAAUCCAGCCACCGGUGCAAUCAACAAGAUUGUUGCUGGCGCAAGUGUAACCGAACUCAACGCCGCUGUCGCCGCGGCGAAGAAGGCCUUUGAUCUUGACUGGCGUCAUCGUACCUGCCAAGAGCGAGCUCAAUACCUGCUUAAGGCAGCCGACGCCGUUGCCGUACAUGCUGAUGAGCUCGCUGAAAUUCUCUGCUCUGAGAACGGCAAGACGGUGCAGGAUGCUCGCAUGUUCGACGUGGAGUUUUGCAUCAACGUUUUCCGCUACUUCGCGUCCUUGAUCGUCAACGAGGCGGGCGAGUUCCGCCAGCAGGGGUCCAUCAAUGCCACCAUCAUCCGCGAACCCUUUGGGGUCGUUGGCGCUAUCCUGCCCUUCAACUGGCCGCCCAUCCAUACUGGUGGCAAGCUCGCUCCCGCACUUGCUACCGGCAAUACGCUGGUCAUGAAGCCAGGCGACCAGACGCCACUCACUGUCAUGCGCAUCAUCGAGAUUCUGCAAGAUGUGUUCCCGCCGGAUGUCAUCCACGUGGUCCCUGCCGCUGGCAGCGCUGUCCCAACCGCGCUGGUCGAGCAUCCUGACGUGCGCAAAAUCAGCUUUACUGGAUCUCCUGGUGGGGGUGUAGCAGUAAGCAAGGCGGGUGCGGCUACGUUCACCAAUCUUAGCCUGGAGCUCGGCGGCAAGAAUGCGCUACUUGUGUUUGAAGAUGCGGACAUGGACCGCGCAGUUGAGGACGCCUUGGAAGCUGGCGUGUUCAAUAAGGGCGAGGCAUGUACUGCGGGUUCCAGGCUGGUGGUCCAUGAAAAGGUGCACGAUGCCUUUGUGCAGCGACUCAGCGCCGCGUACGAGAAGAUUGUGUCAGGAGACGGUACCGAUAAUGCCACACAUGUGGGACCACAGGUGAGCGCGGUGCAGCAGAAGCGCGUGCUCGAGUACAUAGAACUCGGGCAGAAGGAGGGGGCGACGGUUGCGGCUCAAGGCUCUCUGCCUUCAGACCCGAGUCUGAAGAAUGGCUUCUUCGUCACACCAACAUUGUUCACGGACGUCAAGCCGCAAAUGCGAAUCGCUAAGGAAGAGAUCUUUGGGCCGGUGCAGGUGGUGCUCAAGUUCAGUACGUACGACGAAGCAAUCCAGAUCGUGAAUGGUACGGACUUUGGGCUUGUAUGUGGGAUUUACACUCAGGAUAGCGCUCUGCAGUGGAGAGCCACGAGAGAUGUUGAUGCUGGCAUGGUUCUGGUCAACAACUACUUCCGUGCUGUUCUCGGUACCCCGUUUGGAGGCGUCAAAGGCAGCGGCCAGGCAAGGGAGCACUGCGAGGAAACGCUGAGGGAAUUCACCUGGGCCAAGAACAUCCGUGUACCGUCAGGCAUUGGGAAGGUUCCCCAGUGGAGAGCGAUCAAGGAUUGUUUCUAG